CUGGGGUUACUGUGUGGAUCUUGAAUUGUUCCGCCAACCAGCCAUUCAUCUUUCCUCGAGGAGUGUUUCAGAAGUUAGCGCUGCCGGUAGGCCGUGGUUUGCGAGAAUAAAGCGAUCAUGGCUGGGCAGGACUUACGACUAAACCACACCAUCUACAUCAACAAUCUCAAUGAGAAGAUCAAGAAAGACGAGCUCAAGAAGUCGCUGUAUGCCAUCUUCUCCCAGUUUGGGCAGAUCUUGGACAUUUUGGUGUCUCGCUCACUUAAAUUGAGGGGUCAGGCCUUUGUCAUCUUCAAGGAGGUCAACAGUGCUUCCAAUGCCCUCCGUUCCAUGCAGGGCUUUCCUUUCUAUGACAAACCAAUGAGGAUCCAGUAUGCAAAAACAGAUUCAGACAUCAUUGCUAAGAUGAAGGGCACCUAUGUGGAGCGUGACCGCAAGAAGGAGAAGAGAAAGGGCAAGGGUCCGGAUGCAGCUGGGGCCAAGAAGGGAGUGGCAGGAGCUGCUGCAGCCAUGCCAGGUGUCCCUGCUGCCAUGCCUGGAAUGCCUCCCAUGAGUCAGGCCCCCAGGAUGAUGCCCAUGCCUGGACAGCCCCCCUACAUGCCACCUCCAGGCAUGAUGCCACCUCCAGGCAUGGGUCCUGGGCAAAUGCCACCAGGAGCUAUGCCCCCUGGGCAAAUGAUGCCUGGACAGAUGCCAGGACAGAUGCCUCAUGCCCAGCAGGUGUCAGAGAAUCCACCCAAUCACAUCUUGUUCCUCACAAACCUGCCUGAGGAGACCAACGAGCUUAUGCUCUCUAUGCUGUUCAACCAGUUCCCUGGAUUCAAGGAGGUGCGUCUUGUUCCUGGGCGACACGACAUCGCUUUUGUGGAGUUUGACAAUGAGGUGCAGGCAGGUGCUGCCAGGGAGGCCCUACAGGGCUUCAAGAUCACUCAGAACAAUGCCAUGAAAAUCUCCUUUGCCAAGAAGUAAAACACAUGUGCUCAUCAUCACAGGCAAACUCACAUGGUAGAGGUCACACCAUUGCUAGCAAUUCAGAGCCUUGGACAAAAGUAAUAGGUAAAAUGUGGGUUUUCACAGUUUAACAGAUUAAACAAAAAUGUUUUCCCCAUUCCGUUAAAGGGCUGCAAAAUACUCUUGACAAAAAUGGUAUGCCCACAAGCAUUCUAUAUAUUUUGUUUGCAUUUGGCUAGUGUGAAUUACUCUCAUGGCAUUGUAGACAUCAGAUACACACUGUCCUGAAGAGCUGUGGUGCUGAAAGUAUGUCUCUGUAGCUGAGAGAGAAGGUAAGGCAGUUUCUGUAUGUAACAUUGCUAAGCUGGAGGGCAUCUUCAUUUGCCCUGCUGUCUUUUUUUCCAUGAUCAAGCCAUGAAGUAAAAUUUUAGUUUCACAUUUUUCAUUCUUUUUACUCCCCCUGGCAAAUGCCCAGGGUGUUUGGGCUCUUUGUGUUUAUAUAUAAGCAUUGCACCCAGGGUUUGGGUCACCAAACAUUGUACCUGGA